UUGGCCAGCAGCAAACAUUGCAUGACUGAGCCAUAGUUUUUCCGGGAAGAGGCUGAUGGGAGAGAGAAGGACAGCAAACUGAAGACGGGGGCAUAUAAAGGAACUUCAUGAAGUGGAUCAUGGCCUCAUCAGCCAGUUACUGAUGGAGUCUGAGGAGAAUCUCACCGUAUGCACAGAGAAAAUACCACCCCCCUCUCCAUAUAACUGGAGUACAGAUUGGAGCUUUUGGAUCUCAAGCUCUACUUACAAAUACAGGAAUGAAGAAUUUAAAAGACAGUUCCCACACCUACCAGAUUUGGAAAGGCUUGUUGUAGAUUAUGCCUGUGCCCUCCAGAAGGAUAUCCUCCUUCAAGGACGCCUGUAUCUCUCUGAAAACUGGCUGUGUUUCUACAGCAAUAUAUUCCGAUGGGAGACCACGAUUUCUAUUGCGUUGAAGGAUAUAACCUUCAUGACAAAGGAGAAGACAGCUCGGCUCAUCCCAAAUGCCAUCCAGAUUGCUACUGAAGGAGAGAAGUUUUUCUUCACUUCAUUCAAUGCUAGGGACAGAAGCUAUCUCAGUGUCUUUCGAUUAUGGCAGAAUGCAUUGUUGGAAAAGAGACUGACAAAGCAGGAGUUCUGGCAGCUUGUCCAGCAAAGCUAUGGCUCUGAGCUGGGCUUGAACACCGAAGAAAUGGAAAAUUUUUAUUCAUCAUCUGAGGAGAAUGGACACUCUAGAUCCAGCCUUUGUGAUGAAUCUGGGGAGAAGGAUGAAAAGCCAUCUAAAGCUGUUGGUGUAAUUCAAGAGCCUGAUAUUCAGAUACUUGAAACUGAGUCUCUUAAUGGAAACGUGCUAACAGAAGAUGCUGAGCCAGAGGAAUCUCACUGUGAUAAACCAGAGAGAAGGAGUUCUUUGCGGUCUUCAGAAAGGAAGCCAGCUGAUUUAGCACAACACAAACAUUCAGGGCAGCUACCAGACCUAAAUGAGAAUUUCUCUCCUGAGAAGAGCAGUGCCUCAGAAAGUGAUGGUGAAGCUGAGGAGACCAUCCUAGAGAAUGAGCUCCUUGGAAAAAUCAUUGUUAAUCGGGUCUUCCAUAUUGGUGCAGACAGAAUGUUUGAGAUGCUUUUCACCAAUUCCCAUUUCAUGCAGAGAUAUCUCAGUAGUAGAAGUAUAACAGAUACAGUACAGACUCCUUGGAGCAGAGAUGCUGGAGGGAAUCAGCUGAGGACCGUGACAUACACUCUUGGGCUCAAAAAUCCUCUCAUUGGGAAAUUCACAACUGUGACUGAAAAGCAGGUCCUGCAUAAACAAAGCCACAAAGGUCAAAUGUAUCGGGUAGACGCAGACGUGUUCACGCAUGAUGUGCCCUACCAUGAUUAUUUCUACACUGUGUAUACUUACUGCAUCACCCGUAUGUCCAAUCAGGAGUGCAGACUGCGGGUUUCCUCAGAUGUGAAAUAUAAAAAGCAACCAUGGGGACUUGUCAAGAGCAUAAUAGAGAAGAAUACGUGGGGUGGGUUACAAGAAAGUUUUAAGCAUCUUGAAUCGGAACUGAUUAUGGAAGAAUACACAGUAAACAAACCAAUAGAGGAUCCAACAAAACUUGGUGUCCUAAGGAGGAGGAGAUGGACUUUGCAGCGAAAUAUGGGGGAGAUCCUUCCUAAACGCUCCUCACAGUAUUCUGCUGGGGAUGCAGGUUUGCCUUCCCGUGCCGAUACAGGACCCAAAAAGGAUGCUAAAAAUAAGACCAUCACCAUCAUAGUGAUAAUGAGCAUUUUUUUGCUCUUACUGGUUUUGCUUAAUGUGACAUUAUUCCUCAAACUGUCGAAGAUUGAAAAUGCAGCUCAGUCAUUUUAUCGUGUUCACCUUCAGGAAGAAGGAUCUGUAAAUUUAGCCCUGAAUAUGGCAUCAGGAGAGAAAAUCCCACCGCAUGAUACAGACAAAGUCCAGCAUGUGAAAGGGGUGCUGAGAGACUCUAUAGCAUUACUCGAACAGCUGAAGAAUUCCCUUUCUAAACUCCAAAGCAGCUUUGAUCACCUGAACAAGACCAAAAAUGGGAAGCCUGAAAGUUGAUGUCACCAAAACAGAUCAUUAAGGAGACUGAAGAUAUUGUUUUGGUGAUGAAACGAUCAAACUUUUUUUUCCCUUUCAAUUUUUGCACAGGACUCAACUUGCACAUCUAAUAAAGAAAUAUCUAUAACAUUUAUUUUGUUUUUUAAAAUUUCCUGUUACUCUGUGAAUCCUCUUGGUCCACUUGACAUCUUUUUGGAAAUAGUUUCCUGAACUGUGAAUGAGUAACAAGAGGGUCUGGUAAUUAUGUGAUUGGCAAAUAGCAGAGAAAAUCCUUGGCAAAAGCAGUAUGAUAUGCAAAGAGAUAGAGGUUUUGAAGGAUCAUUAACAUCAUGAAAAAAGAUAUAAUAUAGAUUUUACAAAAGUUGUCACACCUGAAGAUUCUCUAUAUACUCAACAACUCUCAAAAACAGGUGGUUUUUGUCCCAGAUUUCUUUGUAGAUUCCCCUCCCCCCCAAUCUCUUAAGGGUCACUGCAAUUCUACCUCCUCCUAUCCACUAUCAUUUCAGUUCUCAGGAUUUCUCAGGGAGUGUCCAUAUGUAUAAGAAUGCUAUGUCAAAAGUCCUGAGCCCUGAAUUAUUUUUAAAGACAACACUAAUUGUAUUCAUCUGAAUUUUGUAUAUUGAUUGCACCAAGCCCUUUGUAAAACAAACAUCCAGGUUUAAUGUUUCACAGAGUGGCAAUCCAAUUCUCUGAUCAGGUUUGAUUUAUCUUGUAGCACAAAUAGAAUCCCUAGCUGUGUUUUGUUAAGUGGCAUGAAAUGGAAAUGUUCUUGUUUGUGCUACAACUGAGUUAUGGCACGACCAGCUACUGGAGAAACGCAACAGUCUUUCUAAAGAAAGUUUCUGGAAGAGCAGAACAACUGUACAACCCACAGGAGAGUUACAGCCUUCCAGGCAUACUGACUUAGGAUGUAAUGCUGCUUAAGGAUUGCACAGCAAACUGAACAGAAAAUGUGGGUGCCCAUAAAAUCAUGGACACGCUAACCUGUAAACUAGAACUGUGACUUCUGUUCUAGGUUUUAAUUUCCACUAGCCUUUCUUCAAAAAGUGCCUUUCUCAUGGUUUGUAUAGAAAAAUAGCUUUAACAGCUGGACCAAAACUAUCCAGGUUUUUUUCCCUAAAAACCAAAAAUGUACUUGGUGUACCGUGCAGAGAGAAAUGUAUGGGACUAAUUAGUGUCAAGCGAGGCAUUUCACAGAAUAUAAAGCAUAAGAGCAGAAAUCCUAAAUAGAUAAAUGAAGACACUUUCUGUGAUAUGUUAGGAUUCUAUGUUCUCCUUUGUGAUUUUUUUUGUAUUUGAAAUGAAUGCCAUGUUGGUCAUUUUAUAUAAAAAUAUGGAGAUAAAUGUAUGUUAUAUAUGGGAAACUUUGUAACAAGUCAAACAUGUUUCUGU